GCUUUGUACACUCACCAACCGUAUCGCCCACAACGUCGCAGAGAGCUUCAAUGCGUACCUGUCAAAAGGUUUCAGCCGUGAGGUUGUGUGGGUGAAAUGGACGACAUCGCCGACGAUGGUGUCAUGUGCGAACCACUGUCUAUGGUGUCAUCCCCAGGAAGCGACGUUGCCUUCUUGCAUGGAUCAACCACGCUUUAUUCCUUCGCCGAUCGGGGACCCAAAUAUUUGAGCUGGUUCAAGUCAAGAUGUGGCUGUGAUUGUUUUGGACGACUUUAUAGACGCCUCUUCCCACUAGGAUAUAAGAAAGAAUUCAAGAGUCUAAUCGCCAUAGCAUGGCCAAUUACUGUGACCACCUUCUUCCAGCAGUUGCUGUUCCUCGUCACCUCCAUGUUUGUUGGCCAUCUUGGUCAGCUUCAGCUGGAUGCGGCAGCUCUUGGCCUAACAAUGACCAAUGUGACUGGGCUGUCUGUCAUGGCUGGACUAGCAUCAGCUUGUGAUACUCUCUUCCCUCAGAUUUAUGGCAGCUCCAACAGAAGAAAUCUUGGUAUUGUUUUACAAAAAGCCCUGGUUGUCUUGUUGCUGCUGUGUAUACCAUGCUGGGCCAUCUUCAUCAAUGUUGAACAUGUUCUCCUGGCCACUGGACAGGACCCUGUGGUGGCCAACCUGGCUGGACAAUUUGCACUGUGCUAUAUUCCAAUUCUCCCAGCAAAUGCACUGUAUUGUGUGUUAAGCAAGUACCUCCAGGCCCAGAGUGUUGUGAUCCCCUCGUGUCUGAUCCUCCUCGCCGGGAACCUCCUCAAUGCUGCUCUUCUUGCCCUCUUCCUGUUCUGGCUCAAGAUGGAGUUGCUAGGAGCAAGUUUGGCUAUUGGCCUUAGUUUCUGGGCAGUGGUAUUUCUCCAUGUUGGGUACAUCAAAGCCAGCAAGAUCUAUCAGGACACCUGGUCUGGUUGGUCGGUGCAGUGUCUGUCAGAGUGGAAAGUAUUCUUCAGCCUGGCACUUCCUGGACUUUUCAUGAUGUGUCUGGAGUGGUGGUGCUUCGAGAUUGUUGUGAUCUUGGCAGGUCUGCUGAGUGGUGUGGAACUUGCAACUCAUUCGAUAGUGUUCCAGCUGUCCGUCAUCAUGUUCAUGUUUGCACUUGGAAUGGCUGUUGCUUCCAGUGUCCGUGUGGGCAACCAUCUUGGAGAGGGCAACCCUAUGGAAGCCAUGACAGCGGCCCAUGUCUCCAUCUCCAUCAUGUGGGUCCUAGCUUUAUUUGUGGCACUGCUGUUGCUUUUACUACGACGAGUCAUUCCCUUAGCUUUUACUAAUGAGAAAUCUGUGAUCGACCUUAUAAUUCAAAUUCUGCCAAUGAUUGCUCUCUUCCAUCUGUUUGAUGCCACACAGGGUGUCUGCAGUGGCGUGUUGCGAGGGUCUGGCAAGCAGUUGUUUGGCGCCACCAUGAACUUUUUCUCCUACUACGUUAUAGCCCUGCCGAUUGGUGCACUGCUCAUGUUCAAGACAUUCUUACGACUUGAAGGUAUGUGGUCUGCUCUGAUUCUGUCCGUGUUCCUCCAAUCUAUGGCCUUCCUCAUCAAGAUUGGAGUCAUAGACUGGACCAAACAGUCGAAACUUGCUCAAAACCGUGCUGGUGCUACAGGCAGCGACCAAGAACCAACAGAUAAAGACAUAUCCCCUCUACACCGCCCAAUGUCGAUGUCAGACACGGACCUCAUGGAGGCUGACCACAUCCAGCUGUCCACCUACAGCAGUCUGGAGAGUGUACGCAGCAGUCAGUCUGACGAGCUGACCGACCUCCAGAAAACGCUACUGAAGCGUGGCGUGUUUGUGGUCUGUCUGCUCAUGGUCCUCGCCAUGGGCAUCAUCAUUGACCGCGUCUUGUCCCAUCUCAACAACCACAGCAACUGUUUUCUUAUACUCGGAAAAGAUUUGAAUUUGACACUUAUCUAUCACGACCUCCAUAGCAACCAGACGAUGAGGAAUCUAACACUGGAUGAGGUGCAGUUCCUGAAUACGACGUAUUGGUUCGAGAGAGAGCAUCAUGGGAAUGCCACCUUCACAUAUUGUAAUGGGUUUAUUUCUGAAAGACCGGAUCCAUCAGCAACGCUUUUAAAUAUGUCGUCAUACUUGUUCAACUUUCACCCCAGGAUGCCACAUAGGCCGGUGUUUUAGAGGGAGAUUAAGCCACAAACAUGUACAGAGAUGUUUGUGUCUCAAGUUGUCAUGUACAGUAUUUUCCAAGAAUGAUGUUAGACUACCUUUGUCCUGUUUCAUUGAACUGUUGAAAAAUCAAUGCAAAACGAUCACUUAAACCUUGUUUUAAUAUUAAUGUCACUUUCCUUUAGAUGACAUUUAGAGGACCUGUGAGGCUUCCUGCAACCCAUUCCUCAAAGCGAUGUUAGCGUUGUGACUGUCCUAAGUCUGUGGUAAAGCGUGGAAGUUUCGAUUGUCUAAGCGCUACGAUUGCUUUCACCAUUGAGGGAUGGGCUCUGGUCAGAAUAGGUUCCCAUUACCCAUGAUAGUUCUUAAAAUAAGAACUGGCCAGAAUGGAUCAGCUGAUUGAUAUGUGUGGCCUAACUGAUUAUGUGGCGUCUACCUGACUACACUAUUUGGGCUCAUACUGUCAGCCACUGAUCUUUCUAGCCAUGAUAACGAUGUAAUAUUGCUGGCUGUGGCAUAAAACAACAUUCACUCACUCCUUCCAGGGAAGGAACGAUGUUGCACAUGGUCAGUGGCUUAUAUAAUGUUUUAUUCUCAAUGGCGUUUUUUCGCUAGUGAACUUUUGUCUGUAUUCCAUUGUUUUCUGUGAUGUUAUUGAUUUGCUAGAACUGCCGUCUACCCAUGCAUAGUCCGUCUUUAGAAAUGUACAAAGCAUCAUUUUUUGUUCAUUGGGAACUCCUUUUAUGCUGUAUGUCAGUGUUUUACAAGUGGCAGUUUUUAAGGUAUAAAAGUCUUUAUGAGCUCUUGCAACAGUGAUGAUAGUCAGUGCUCAGUAUUAUUUGCAGAGAAGAUCAAACAGUAUAUCAAGUUUAUUUUAUACCAAUAUUUUAUUCAGAUAUACAGUUAGAUAUAUAUUUGUUUAUGGAUUUUGUUUUAUGAACUAUGUUAUUACUUUAGCUUGCUUUAUUUUUAUGAUUGCACUUGUUAAUUUGUUAAUUGUCAUCCCAUGAUCAAUAGAGGUGAGGUGCUUGUUGAAAAGAGUGUUCACAGUAAUAAUUACUUCACUCAAUACUCAUCAUCAGUGAGAGGUGCAGUAACUUGUAUUGUAAACCCGAAAUACUGAUGAAAAAUGCAAGAGUAUGCAUGAGUAUGUAUAUACUUUAGACUGUAAUCAUUCUGAAACUGGUUUUAUUGAUCCUCAUUCAUCAUUGAAGGGGAGGGGAGGGGUUUCCCGGAGUGGUUGGAGUGUUGGUUUCCCAGAGUGGUUGGAUCAUGGGUUUCUCGGAGUGGUUGGAGUGUUGGUUUCCCAGAGUGGUUGGAGCAUGGGUUUCCAGAGCGGUUGGGGUGUGGGUUUCCCGGAGUGGUUGGAGUUUAGGUUUCCCGGAGUGGUUGGAGCGUCGGUUUCCCAGAAUGGUUUGAUCAUGGGUUUGCCGGAGUGGUUGGAGCGUGGGUUUCCCAGAGUGGUUGGAGUGUAUGUUUCCCAGAGUGGUUGGAUCAUGGGUUUCCCAGAGUGGUUGGAGUGUGGGUUUCCCGGAGUGGUUGGAGUGUUGUUUUCCCAGAGUGGUUGGAGUGUAGGUUUCCCGGAGUGGUUGGAGUGUGGGUUUCCCAGAGUGGUUGGAGCAUGGGUUUCCAGAGUGGUUGGGGUGUGGGUUUCCCGGAGUGGAUGGAGCGUGGGUUUCCCAGAGUUGUUGGAGUGUAGGUUUCCCAGAGUGGUUGGAGCGUUGGUUUCCCAGAGUGGUUGGAGUGUAGGUUUCCCAGAGUGGUUGGAUCAUGGGUUUCCCGGAGUGGUUGGAGUGUGGAUUUCUGGGAGUGGUUGGAGCAUGGGUUUCCCAGGAGUGGUUUGAGUGUUCAGCCUGCUUCACAGCCACUUCCCUCCCACUGACACCCAUGAUAUGACUGGAAGCUUGUUCAAAGUGGUCCAACUCGCUCCAUCUCUGGAAUUCUAUUAAGAAUAUAGAUUAUUUCAUUUUUGUUACUGGUUAGAAACCAUUGUUGAUGGUAACUGGGACAUAAUUACAUGUGGUAUUAUUCAUACUCAUAGAUAUGAAAUUUUGUAUUUGACAUAAAACAUUUCAUUGUUUUGUGAAUCAAAUCUUGAAAUAACUCUUUGUGUCAUUUUGGGUGAAGUAAAGUAAUCAGACAAGUACACAUCUUCCCAAGGAAAGUGAGUUCACUGACUAUUAAAGUCCAGUUUCAACCCUUGCCGAACUAGGCUGGUAUUAUGGAGUUACAUUUUGGCUGGACUAACGAGUCUAUGCAAAGUCCAAUCAAAAUCGCUCACCGAAAUCGAAA